AUGGCUGCAACUGCAACUCCUAGCAUGCACAUUGCAGCAAAACUGUGCAUUUCUGCUUCUUCCAAAGUUUCCAAGUCUAGUAUUGCUAGUUUUGGUACUAAAGCUAGAGGGGCAUCUUGGACAAGGCUUAAAAGCUCUUCUCACAUUUCGUCAACACAGCCAUUGUUCCAGAGUUUCACUUCCACUCCUGCGAAAUUUGAAAAGGUUGUAACAAAAGCAAUGUCUGAAACAAGUGAGGAUAAGCCUUUGUCAGGCUUGCCUAUUGAUUUGAGAG